CCCCUGGGCGCCGUGUGAGGGGACGCGGCCGGGCCGGGCCGGGAGCGCAGCGCCGGCAGCUCCCGGGACACCGGCACACCGGGACGGUCACACGGGGCUCGCCCUGCCCCCGGAGCCACUCCGAGUCCCGCGGCACCCAGUCCCCUGGCCUCGCAUCUCCGGCCGGCCCCGGCGGGGGGCUCCCCCGGCCGAGGAUGUCCGGCAGCGGCCCAGGACGGCCGGCGGAGGUGGCAGAGUGGCUGGCACAUCCCUUCGAUGGCUUCCUCGGGAGCAGGGGCCCGUGUGCCGCCGCCGCCGUGAGGCCGCGGAGGGGCGGCGCCGGCAGAGCCCGCGGGCAGCAGCAGCAGCAGAGAGCCCCGAGCCCCGCGGCGAAGAGCCGAGCCGCAGCUCCGCGCAGGAAGAGAGCCAAGCCGGGAGCUGCGGAUCCGCCCUGCAUCCAGGCCCUGGAGGAGCUGCCGUGGGUGGAGAGAUACAGGCCCAAGAGCCAGAAUGACCUUGCUGUGCAAAAGAAGAAAAUUGAGGAAGUUGAAACCUGGUUAAAAACGCACAUAUUUCAGAGGCAGCCAAAGCAGGGUGGCUCUGUCUUGCUGCUGACUGGCCCUCCUGGCUGUGGGAAAACUGCAACUCUGCAAAUUCUAGCCAGAGAUCUUGGCCUUCAGGUGCAAGAAUGGACCAAUCCACUCUCUUUAGACUUCACAAAGGAAGACUUGAGGAACAUGUUUGGCCAUGACUCAAAUUUUCAUACGUUUCCGAGUCAGGCCCAAGCAGCUCUCUUUCAAGAUUUUCUAUUAAGAGCAAAUAAGUAUAACAAACUUCAGAUGCUUGGGGAGUCCUCAGAAAAUGAUAAAAAGCUUAUUCUUAUUGAAGACAUUCCUAACCAAUUCUACAGAGAUCCUGGCAGCCUGCAUGAAAUCCUCAGGAGUUUUGUUCGCAGGAGUAGGUGCCCCCUGGUCUUUAUAAUCUCAGAUAACUUCAGUGGAGACAGCAACCAGAGGUCACUGUUCCCCACUGAAAUUGUAGAGGAGUUGUGUAUAUGCAAUAUUAGUUUCAAGCCUAUUGCACCAACAAAUAUGAUGAAAGUUCUCAAUCGAAUAGCUGCAGCAGAAGCCAGUAUGAACAGAGAGAAUUACACCCUUGAUAGAAGUUCUCUGGAGCUGCUUUGCAGAGGUUGUUCAGGUGACAUAAGAAGUGCAAUAAACAGCCUUCAGUUUUCCUCUGCAAAAGGCUGCUCAUUGGAGAAAGAAUUUUGGUCAAAGAAGAAGAAGAGCUCCACAAUAAAAUGUGAUGAAACAGGAGUAUCCAAAGUAAGAAAGAAAAGUAAAUGUGAUACCUCAGAAGACCAGGAGAUACAAGCGAUUGGUGGCAAGGAUGCAUCCAUUUUUCUUUUCCAUGCUCUGGGGAAAAUUAUUUAUUGCAAAAGAGAAGCCGUGUCAGAAGCAGAGUGCCCUCAGCUGCCUGCCCACCUGUCCGGACACCGCCGCGACACCUUGCUCAUCCAGCCUGAGGAAAUUGUGGAGAAAUCGCAUAUGUCUGGAAACAUGUUCAAUCUAUACCUUCACCAGAACUACGUGGACUUUUUUUCUGACAUAGAUGAUAUAGUGAGAGCCAGUGACUAUUUGAGCACUGCUGAUGUCCUUUGCAGUAACUGGAGUGCACGGCUGGUGAUGGAGAGCUACAGUGCCUCCGUGGCCACCCGGGGGGUGAUCCACUCCAACACCUCCAGGGCCUUUGCCCACCAGCAGGGGGGCAUGGGCUUCCGACCCUUACACAAACCACAGUGGUUUCUGAUCAACAAAAAGUAUCAGGAAAAUUGCAUUGCUGCAAAAUCCCUGUUCUCAAGCUUCUGUUUACCACCUGAGUGCCUUCAGACAGAGCUGCUGCCUUAUCUUGCUAUGUUAGCAAACCCUAUGAGAAACCAAGCUCAGAUUGCUUUUAUCCAAGACGUGGGGAGGCUGCCUCUGAAAAGACAUUUUGGGAGGCUGCAGCUGGAGGCUCUGGGUGACAAGGACCCCGGCCUGCCCGAGCUGUCCCACGGCGACGGCGACCCCGAGGGGCUCCCCUCCAGCCAGUCCAGCGGCAGCGACCUGCCCAGCAGCCAGCCCCAGCCCGUGGCAGCCCAGGCCCUCCUGGAGGAGGAGGAACUGAGGAUCGAGGAGUACGACAGCGACUGAGAGACCGCGACACGCCCCGUGCCGUGCCCGCGGCGCUGCCCAGCCGGGCUCCGGGGCUGGGAGCCAGCCCGGGCCGGCUCUGAGCCCCCGGGGAGCUCCCGGAGCCCUCCUGCUCUGCAGGGCCGGCCGAGCCACUUCCUGCCUCUCCUGAGCCAUGACACUGCCUGAGGGCGGUCACCAGAGAGAAUAAAGGACUGAAACCAGUUUGAAAGAGACUAGAGAUGAGCAGUUGUCAGUCUUAAAUUACUUGUAUUUUUACGCGUUUUAAUAUACUUUGCAGUUGUGGAGUGUGUUUCCUGAGGACACAUUCCAUAACUUGUCAUCAUUUGGAGGGUUUAUUCAAAUUCACACUCUCAAAAAAACCUGCUGUUUGGAAGUUGAGCCCUUCUGGAAAGAGGAGGCUGAAAUUUACACCUAAAAAGUCACCAUACUGAUGAUGUAAAGACAACUUCUGCUGUAUUCAUACUGUUUUGUACUCUGACUUACAGAAGACAUAAAUAAGAUCUUCAUGUCUUUAUAAGUGGAACUGGUGUUGCACCCUGGAUUAUUUUGUAUUCCUCUUGAAAAAUUUUUUUCAUAGCUCUUAGAGGGGAAAAGGCAGCAAUUAAGCACAAGUUGUACUUUGUAGGAAGUUAAAUGUUUUUCUCCUUGACUUGCAGUUGUGGUGGAGGAAACUGAUCUGUGUUUGAUAACUGACACAAUUGAGUGCUGUGGUUAAUGCCACAGCAGAGAGCAGAAAACAGCUUUGUGUGAUGCACGUUGGCAUUCCUGCAUUGCUUACAGCCAGUUUAGUGACAGAAAACAUGUUUAUCCACCCUGACCUUGGUUUGAAGCUAUUAAAGAGUCCGUACCUGUCCUCUGUCAAGGGACAGGUGUAUCCUUUCAUCUGCAGCUGUUGCUUAAUUUUGAAGCGGGAAGUUUCUCUCCUAAGUCUGAAAUUCUGUUACAGCUGUACUCAUUACAGAAAAUCAGAAUGUCUUUGGCUGUUCAUGACCAUUAACCCUUUUCCAGGGUGGUUUGGAUGGGCUUUUCCUGGGGUGCCUCCAGGCACAAAAUACUGAUUUUUAUCUUGCAAGCACACUGUCACCCUCGUUCUCAGCUUUCUUUACAGUAGCACCAGGUAACUGCAGCUGCUGUGCUGGUCUUUCCUUGUUAGGGCAGAAAUGAAUGCUCACCUGGCCAAGCCCACCUGGCACUGUGAGCUACAGCGUGGUGCAGAGCUGCUGUGCAAAACCUCUCACCUGGAAACACUACCUGGGCACACACACACAGCCCCCAUUGUUCUGUCUGGAGCCUGCGUGCUCUGCAGUGCCCAGGUAACAGCACUCCAGGUGAGGCUGAGGCUGGCCUGGCAGCACAGGUGGGGCAGGAAUGACAGUCAGUGCAGCCCCCCUGCCAUCUCAGCUCCUCACUGUCCCACCUGCGAGCUGGGGAAAGAGGAGAGCUGGGCUUCACACAGGGCUGAGA